AUGUCGACCUCAACAACACCUUUCCAAACGCCACCGCCUCUCCCUCCGGGGAAAUCCCAACACCACAUUGUCGUCCUCGAGGGGAUCCACGCCGACAUGCCGCCUUUCGACUUCCCGCACACGAUGACGGUGCACCAACGCAGCACGCCAGCGCAGGUGAGCGAGCGGAUCCGCGACGCGACGAUCGUGGUCGCGUGCGUCGUCCCCGUCACCCCGGCGGACAUGGACUCUGCGCCGCACCUGGGCUGCCUGGCCGUCAUGGCGGUCGGGAUCCACUGGGUCGACAAGGCCGACUGCGCGCGGCGCGGGGUGACGGUGACAAAGUGUCCGGCGGGCAACGUCGACGCCGUGUCGGAGCACUUUCUGGGCUUGUACUUUGCGGUGCGGCGACGGGUGGUGCAGGUCCACUCGAAAGUCACGCGGAGCGACGAGUGGCGGGAAAAGGGCACCCUGACCAAACUCUGGCCCGGCGGCCCGCCCAUGGGCUGUCGCCAGGAGGUGCUGGGCAUCAUGGGCUACGGCACGCUGGGGAAGCGGAUCGCGCAGCUCGCGCGCGCCGUCGGCUUCGGCGACGUGCUGAUCAGCGAGAGGAAAAACGCCGCCGCGGUGCGCGACGGCAGAGUCAGCUUCGACGACGUGGUUGAGCGAGCGACCGUGGUGUGCGUCUGCGUGCCCAAGGAGGACGACACCGUCGACCUGAUCGCGGAAUCCGAGUUGAGGGCCAUGAGGAAGGAUGCCCUCGUCAUCAACGUCGCGAGGGGCGGCAUCGUCAACGAGCGCGCCCUGGCGACGGCGCUGAGACAAGGCUGGAUCGCGGGCGCCGCGACAGACGUGUUGGAAGUCGAACCUGCGGGUGUCGGGUCAGGUCCCUUGACCCCGGACGUGAGUAAAGGGGAGGAAGAGGUUCCCAAUUUGACCAUUACAUCACAUAUCGCGUGGUUCACACAAACCACCAUCGAGACGUAUAGACGACUGCUCAAGGAAGGCAUCGAGGGCUGGGCCAGCGGAACCCUGCAGGAGAGUCCUGACAAGGUCAACAAGGUCGUCGUGGUGCACAAUGGAAAGGUCUGGAAUUGA